AUGGAGAAAGACGCCUCUGAACCGGACCCGACCCUCCAGCUGUACGGGGAGUUCACCGACACGCUCGACGACAGGGUCCGGUACUCGGUGAGUUUGAUGGAGAGCGUCCUGACCAUCCAGAGAAUCUCCUCGUCACCCGGCCGGACUACAGUGGUUUUUAACUUGACCGACUGUGUCGGCUGCCGGGCGCACAGAGGGCCGGACAGCGCGGACAUCGGCGCCUACUUUACAGCCUAUUUCUACCCGUUCAAGAGGCGCUGGAUGAGCGCCGGAGUGGCCCGGCAGAGAGUGGAGCAGUGCUUUCGGGUCGCACUGGUCCAGGACCCGCUCGCCAACCUCCAGGAGGCUGAGAGGUGGGCUCGUGCCAUCAGAGAUGCCUCUGUGCUGCACGCUCCCCGGAGAGAAGGUGUGGUGUAUGCAGAGGUGCGUCGGCCCUGCAGAGUCAUGAUUCUGGUGAAUCCUCAAAGCGGUCGCGGUCAGGCUCUCCAGCUCUUUACUGGCCAUGUGCAGGGCAUGCUCACUCAGGCCGCUGUGCCCUACACGCUCGUCAUCACAGAGCACCAGAACCAUGCACGGGAGCUGGUGAGGAAGGCGGACCUGUCACAAUGUGACGCCUUGGUUAUCAUGUCUGGAGACGGGCUGCUGUUUGAGGUGAUAAAUGGCCUGAUGGAGCGAGAGGACUGGCAAGAGGCGAUCCAGACCCCUCUGGGUAUUCUACCAGGUGGCUCAGGCAACGCCCUGGCUGCUUCUGUCCACCACUACUCACAAUCGCCUCCAGCGUGGAACGAGGAGCUACUGUUGAGCUGUGGUUUCAUGCUGUGCAAAGGUCUGGUUGCCUCCAUGGACCUGGUGUCAAUCCACCUGGCCUCUAGGCAGCGCCUCUUCUCCUUCCUCUCCCUGGCCUGGGGCUUUGUGGCCGAUGUCGACAUAGAGAGCGAGAAAUACCGCCACGUCGGAGCAAUUCGCUUCCUGAUGGGCACCCUGGUGCGUCUGGCCUCCCUCAGAGUCUACCAGGGCAGGUUGGCGUAUCUGCCUGUAAGGGAGGCACCAAAACUUCCAAAAGGGAGCAUCAAGACUAACCAGCCUCCAUCCACCCCUCAGCACCCCUUGCUCUGCUCCUCCCUUCCUUGUCGGCUCAUUCCCAACACCUCUCCAAAUCAGAACUCUCGCCACAAUCACAACAGCACAAAUUCAAACCACAACACCAUCACCAACUCCUCCAACAACGCUAUUACCACCAAGAAUCCUGAGAUGCAGAGUGAUGGCAAGACCAGAGCACCUGAGGACUCCUUGCUUCCCGGCCUGGACCAGCCGGUCCCAGAGAGCUGGACAGUCGUCAAAGAGGAGGGCUUUGUCUUGGUGCUGGCUAUUUACCAGUCCCACCUGGCUGAGGGUCUGUGGACAGCACCUGGUGCGAUGGCAGACGACGGGGUGAUUCAUCUGUUCUACGUGACAGCAGGAAUUUCCCGUCCGGCCCUCCUGCGACUUUUCCUCGCCAUGGAGAAGGGCGGCCACUUGGAGUGCGGCUGCCCCCACCUGGUGUACGAGAAGGUGAAGGCCCUGCGGCUGGAGCCCGUUUCGCCACAAGGCAUGAUCACUGUAGAUGGGGAGAUGGUGGAGUACGGGCCAGUUCAGGCUCAAAUCCACCCAGGACUUGCCAGACUCAUUUGUGGAUGA